GAGUGACAUAUAAAAGUCUCGCAACGUGUAAGGAAGAUUCGGUCAGUUGGCAAUACCUUGCGAUUUGAUUUCUGAAGCUGUGACGAUGUUUCCCUGCCUGGUAAGCCUGAAGACGCUGAUGUUUUUAGUGGUAUUGGCCGAUCCUGGAGCCACUAAUGGAGAUUUGAGACCACGGCGUCAAUCAGUGACAACUACGCCAGAGAUGAGCAGUGAUGGCUCGACAUUACCAGGACUGUGUACUAGUCUUCAUUCGUGUCGCUACCGUGGGUGUCAUUUUAAGGCUGGUAAUGACACUGAACCAGUACUGUGCCAGUGCGACAGAGAUUGUGCCUUCUUCGACGACUGUUGUAACGACUAUACUGAAGUAUGCAGAGUGAUGAAUGAAAAAGGCACAUCAACCAAUAGUUCAACAUGGAAUUUAAAGUUGAAGCACUUCAGCUGCGCAGAGGUCAAAGGUCAACACUGGGGUUACUUUCUGGUUACCGCAUGCAGCGAUGAAUACGCUAAUACAUAUAUCGGCAAGGCAUGUGCGGAUUUCAGCCAAUCAUCUUUUUUCUCCAUCGCCCACGUGACAAGUUUGGCCAAUGGGUUGACCUACAGGAACAUCUACUGCGCAAUCUGCAACAACGUUACCAUGUCUGAGAUUGUUGCGUGGCCUGUUGACGUCCAAUGUAAGGAGGAACUCCCACAAAACCUAACGAGAAAUCUCGAUUAUAUUAUGAAGAAUUCCAACUGCAGUACGGAUAUUAAUGUAGGCCAUUUAAACCACAACAUAAAGAGUAUGCCACCAAUACGACAAUGCUUUCUUGACGUCAUCAGCAGUUGUCCAGCCGGGCAUACUUUGACUGGUGAGUGUAAGUCUUACACUGCAAUCCACCUUAAUGAGUCGACACUGUACAGGAAUCCACAAUGUAUGAUGUGUCAACUUUCCACGAACUCCAGCAUGUUACCGGACACUGAGCACUGCGAACACUUAAAAGGUACAGUUUCCACCCAUUUAAAGUACUUUAACCGAGGGUUACUGCAACGAACACAUCUGACGGUGCCUCCAAUCUCGAUUCUAUUAGACUUUAAAAGCAGCAACCACGUGAAAAUAGUUCGUCGAGAGCUCGUUGUUGUCGAUGAGGAAGUCACAUGCAAGACAGGAAAUGUCUUUGAUCCUUUCAUGUCAAAGUGUCGACGAUUGUUUUGUCAAAGAGGGUUCGUCUUGGAUCAUAACAGGUGUUUAAAGAAGAAGCAGGCAAGGUCGACAAAUGCCAAUGUAGGUGUCGUAACUAUUUCGCAAAUGAUGAAAGCAAAUGAAACACAAGACAAUUGCUAUCUGGAUCCGGAAACCGCUGCUAUAUGCAUCAGGAGUGUGCUUGGUGUAAAUACAAAGAAGUCUGACCUAGAACCUGAAGACAAUCUACAACAAGAGAGUAACCGACUAUGCACCUACAGCUACAGUCUUUUUUUAAGUUCCUCAAUUUACCAAACAAUUUGGGAGCAUUUGCAGCACGCAUUAGAGUACCAUGCAUACAUAAACUCCACGUGUCCUUACGCUGGAUCAUGGUCGAUGAUUGUAUAUCCACCAAGUGAACACGAUUGCAAAUGGCGGCCUCUGACAACCGGAGAUUACACCACCUCACAGCGGGAAAAUGUUUCCUGGGUUACUUUGAUCUCAGGAAAGUCUUCAUACCCACUAAGUGAAACUAGGCUUUGGGUUACUUAUGAUAAUAUGACCGGACCGAAUUCCAAACGGUUAACUGGGGUUGAAGUUUGCGAAGAUAUUUUGUUUCGAUGUCCGUUGAUUCGUCUCAACAGGACUCUGUUUCUGUUCAGAAAAGACUCGAACGCGACCAUCGUGUAUAUCCCAACUGGUCAAGUGUUUUCAAAAUGGGAAUAUGCCGACCAGGAAGAUGAAAUAGAGUUAUGCUCCUUUCUUGAGAAUAAUGGGUCUCGCAACACGAGUUUCCAAGCGGAAUUCUUUGAUUACUCCGAGUCACAGUCAGUAGUGAGUCUUGUUGGUACCAUCAUCUCUCUGGUUGCAGCUGCGCUGACUUUUCUAACUUAUUUCGUAUUCGAGGGUCUGCGAACACACGCUACCUGCUGCAUUAUGAAUAUGAUAGCUUCUCUCUUCAUGGGUCAACUUCUGCUUCUUCUCGCCGGAUCUGCAACAUCCAAUCCGGGUGGCUGUACUAUUAUAGCAUUUAUGGGACACUACUUUUGGUUGGUCACAAUCUUCUGGACUGCUGUCCUCGCAUACGAUCUAAACAGAACCUUCGCAUGCAGUAACCGUAAGAUCACCGGUGGCAGACCAACUGUUCGGACCUACUGUUGGUUCUCGUGGGGCGGUGGGCUCCUGAUAGUGGUACCGUGUCUCGUGAUAGACCUGUGUGAUUGUAGUGACCUACCAGUGUGGUAUGGUGACAGCAAAGUCUGUUGGAUCGGUAAUGGCCCGUCCAGCUUCAUCGUAUUUGGUGCACCAUUGGGCAUUGUCUUGAUCUUCAACUUCAUCCUAUUUGUUUUGACAGUAUGUGGAAUUAGAAGCACGAAGAGGGAUACCAAAUGUAUCAAAAAGGAUAUCAGUAAAGCCAAGCGACUGGGACAAGAACUUCUUGUGUAUAUUAAAAUCUCUACAUUACUGGGUUUCACGUGGAUCUUUGGUUUCGCUGCAGCCAUAAGUAACGUAAACGUCUUAUGGUAUAUCUUCAUCGUUCUGAAUUCCUGUCAAGGCCUGCUGAUAUUUUUAUCUUUCACGUGUAACCCGCGGGUACGAAUGUUAUGGAUGGAGGCUUUCCGUGGUGAGAUGUCUAUCAGGCCAAGGAGUUAUAGUCUUGGUGUUGCAUCAUCAACUGGCUCAGCUACUCGCAACAGCAGAGUUUAGUUUAGUAGCACAGUUUAAAGAUACUGGACACUUUUGGUAAUUGUUAAAGACCAGCCUUCUCACUUUGUGUAUCUCAA